AGCCACAGAAUUACAGGUACUGAAAGAGACAGGAGACGUUGGUUUCACUCGAGUUUGCGUUGAAGCCGUCCGGAAAACAAAUGAGGAGACAGCUGAGAAGAGGCUAAGGGGCUCGGGCGCUGUACUCAUCGCAACAGUUUGCAAAGUAGCUUCGUGGUUGCGGGUGUGUAGCACUACAUUCCACUUUGCUUUCAUAGUCGCGGAACCACAGUUGCUCUCGCAGUGCUGAAGUGCAUUGUAAGGAAACGUGUGCGGUAAGAAAAGUUUUAGAAAGUGUCCCUGAUAUCUUUUUGUGGACAAUUAGUAGUCCGCCAAGCAGGUCACCCGGUUGCGUUUCGUGCCAGCUCUUGCUCUCUUGUGUUCGACGAACUUUCGUACUCACCGAGGCCCUUUCGUUUUGGCGGGCUUUUCCCGGCUGCCCGACUUCGUAGAAGCAUGGCUCGACGGAGGUCGUCAUCCUCGGCGUCAUCCAUGCUGCUCUGUGCAGUCCCCGAGCUGACGCUGGAAGACUACGACCCCAAACCUGAUGAGGAGCUGAUCUGUGUCAUCUGCCACUCGGUGCUGCGCGAGCCUGUCGAGUGCCCCUGCCGCCAUGUCUUUUGUCGCCGUUGCAUCUCUGAGUGGGUCCGCAAGAACAACAGCUGCCCCGUGUGCCGCAAACGUGCUGUCUCUGCCUUUACACCUGCACUGCCUCUGAUACAAAAUAUGGUCAACCGUCUCAAGGUGAAAUGCCGAAAUGCUGGCUGUGAUGCCCAUGUACCUGCGGAAAAUUUUGCAAAUCAUACGAGUGUGUGCGAGUUUCACGAAGUAAGCUGCCCGCAUGAAGCCUGCGAGCACCGGUGCCAACGUUGUAUGCUGGAGUCUCAUGUGAAGCAGUGCCCACUUCGCGAGGUGACGUGUGAUAAGGGUUGUGGAAUCGUGCUCACGCGGGACCGUCUCAAAACCCACAGCUGCGUGGAUGAACUUAAGCGCAAGCUAGAUGAAGCCACAUCCGAGUGUGAUGAUUGGAAACGGAAGGCCGAGGAUGCAAUGCAGGCACUGAAUAGACUUCGUGAUACGUUGCACCGUUUGGGGGACACAGCAGAAGGCCUGGAGAAUAACCUCGGCGACCUCGGAACCCGACUUCGCUGCGCCGAAGCUCUGGCAGCCUCGUGGCUGCACGGUCGCCAGUCAACAACAGCAGCACGGACGAGCCGGGUCAUGCAUGAUGGCAUUGUCAACAGCAGCACCACCAGCCUGCACCUGGGAGUCUUGUACGGCACCCACACGGUGCAGCUUCCAGAAGAGGUCGAGAGUGACUCAGACCACAGCUGGAGUCUGCGCUCGGAUGGUUCACACGAGUCUCUACGAGACGUAGAAGAGCUCUUCCUUGAUUUGAACUGCUGAACAGCUUCAUUCUAGCUGCUUAGCUUGAAGUUGAAACUAGGCCUUGUCAAUUUUUCUAGUUAACCUGCAAUAACCACUUUCGUUUCCCUUAUACCAUUUUGUGCCUGUUACCAGGUAUUGCAUCUGCGUUCUUACAGGGUACAGAAAAUCAAAGAAACCUUACAAGCUGCUUCUUACAUUGCACGAGUGUGCUGUUUAGUUUCUGUGAGAAUAUUCUCAUCUGGGUUCAUUGAAGCAUACUCUGCAGCAUGUUUCUUAGCUGGUGGUUAAACAUGGUGGUGCAAGUGACCUGGAAGUGCCAACGGCAGCUCCUUGAGUCUGGGGCUAUUGUUAGGCUUCUGGACCAUGCAGCUUCUACAAUAUAAUUUCAGAGUAACUCAUACCUCAGGCAGAAUCUGCACUUAGUUGGCAUCAGUUUCUCAAAAGUGAGAAAGCUCUGUUCUAUCAUUGCUUUUCCCUGCUUAAGAGUCACUGCCCCUCCUCCUUUUUUCUUUAUUUUUGCAUUGUACAACUACACUACUUUAGAGAAAGCAUUAGCAUGGGCCGAGCUCUGAUUUCUUUAAUCACACAAGGGGAAAUCCAGAAAGGCACUUAUUAGAUGAUGGUCAAACCGAUUUGAAUGAAAGUUGCUGCAUUUAAGAAAUAAAGCUAAAGUUCACCAAUUGCAGGCAGCAGAAUUUUGAUAUAAAAUUUUUAAAAUAGAAAUUACAGAAAAUUGCAAGAAUGCUGAAUCAUGAAAUUUGCAAAUCUGUUACUGCUCGCAAAUAAAAGAUAACAUAUUCUGCGAGCUGUAUCUGUUAGAUAUUCUAAAGCAGACAAAUGUAUCGAAUUGCAGCUUACAUGAAAUUGUUAAUUGUCUACGGGAUGUCUUGCAAACGUUCUAUUUGCAGAUUAUUGAUGUACAUUAAAAUUAUGCGUAAUAUAUAAAUUUUGUCUGUUUUUUAGAUGACCCAGCAGAUGCUGUUUCCAGAAAUGUGACAUUUAUUUUGAUUGCAGAGUUUGAACUGUAGAGUUGACAGAUAAAUGAAAUGCCUUCCUACGAUUGGUAGGCUUUAACUUGUUCUUUUCAGUGCAACAAAUCUUAUCAAAUGCAAUGGAGCUGUUGUCAAGCAAAAUUGAUUAGCCCGUUUCUGUGUAUAUGAAAAGGUGCUCUUGAGGUGAAGCUUUUUCUUGAUUAAAAACUUAUUUCCUUUCGUAAGUCAUGUCAGUGUGACAUCUAUAUGGUUCUGAAAUUCUAACGAAGCUCAAACCACGUCAGACUGCUUAAUAUUGAAAAUUCAAGGUGUGAAAUACCACGUCAUGAUGUUGUACCUCUCAACUAUUUUUAACGACAAAAAUGUAUACCGGUGAACUGUGGUAGUAAGGCCCAAAAGGAUACUGCCGCUGAACAGUGUGCAACACAGGUCAACAUGACCUGUCAGGAGGACCACAUCAUUUCAUUGUGCUAAGUCUCACAAACAAAGUGCCAGAACAACAACAACAAAAAAAGAUAUAGGGCAUACUUACUCUUUAAAAUAAUCGGCAUCUUUCUGCGCGAUAUUUUAAGCAGAGAAAACUGCUCCAAAAGUGGUUUUAUGAUGGUUUGCACCAGUCUCAACGACACCACUGAAGUUAAUGUGAGAGCACCUCUAGAGCAGCUUCGAGUACUCUUGUUUGCAGAAAGGUCAAAAAAUAAAUGUGUUGGUACAUCAUGAGAAUACUUGGGAACAGCGUGGAGAGAUCGUACAAGAACAGACAUCUGCACAGUCUGUACUCGUGUUUUUUAUUGUCCAGUCAUUUCCUGUUGUUCCUAAGUAUACUCCUGUUUGCUCACUAGAAGUAUUAUAAUAAGGCAAUGGGUUGUACCACAAGGUAUGGAGGAAGUUUUAUAAAAGAAAAAAGUUGUGUUCUGCCACAAAGAAGCAGGUCACUUUGGGCUAAUUUAGGUGGGUACCACCUUUUCCUUUAUUGGAGGCAUGUAUACCACAUGUGUAGGUCUUGAAUGGUUGCCUGGAGACCAGGCAACCAUUCCAGGCAACCAGAGAAUUGUUUCAAUGAGAGUAAGGCCUUCAGUAGAUCUAGAUGUGUCCCAUCUGAGAAACUUCUAGCCUGCAGAAAAGCUGUAUCACUUGUGUGAUGUGUAGGGAGCAUUGCUUUUGUGUGUGAAUGGCAGCCUAUAAACAGAGCAACUUUUCUCUUGGGUUCACCGUUGCCCUAAAUGUUUGUGAUCAUGAAAAUACUCAUGUGACUAUUUUGUCAUGAUUUGUUGGUGCUAUUGCUGCCUGUACAAUGAACUUUUCAACAAUGUCGGUAGUGCAGUAAUAUAUAGAGCUGGACAUCCUCAGAUUUAAAAAGAUUGAGCAAAGUGUAACUAGACAGAUUUUCCAAACGGUGAUGUGGUAGUUGUUUUCUCUGCGUACCAUUUGAAACGUGCCUAUGGAACGCUCCCGAGUUUUUCAUAAAUUGCAGCCAAUGUUCAAAGGAACUUUUCCACGAAAAUUCAAAUAUUGUUGAAACACUAGUGGUAUUUAGAUACUGGAAAAUUAUUGGUAGCAAGGGUAUGGGUUGGCCUCAGAUGUGCGCAUACUGUAUGUAAUAGUGUUGAUUCACAAUUUUUCUGUGACACUAUAUGUGUCGUACAUAUUUGCAGUGUGCUUGCACACAGUACAAAGGAAUACCUCUAGAAAAAUGUGUGGGGAGCAGGACAGGAGUGUUUAUAGGUACAAGGCUGGCAGACUCGAAAAUUUGAGCUGCAGUAAUCUGCUGAAGAGUGAAAUUAAACAUUUUAACGGUACCUUUCUUAUUUAUAGUUGUUCUCCCAUUCAAAUAUCCAGCAGAACUAGAGCUAGGCUUUUCUGAUUGAAUCUGUUGUUCUUUUGUUGUACUCAUUUAUGUGUAGCAAUCUGUGCAUUGGCUGUUGUGCUGCGCGAGCUGGCAGCAACAUUUCUGUGCAAAUUUCUGCAGUGCGUUGCUGCUUGUGAUAGGGGUCUCCCACCUGUUUUGAACAUUUCUAAGCCUUUGUGAUAUUUUUUCCUAUACAUUCUUUCGUGUUGCCUUUUCAUUUAUGAGUGCCUUCUUUGUUAUUACCUUUUUUCCUCAUUUUGUGGCAUUAGCUGUUGUGACAACAGUAAACAUGAGUUUCAGCAGGCAGUAUUCAUUGUGGUAUACUUGAUUUGACUGAAGAAGAGAACAGUGGUGACUGUGUCAUUCAAUUGCUGUGCCUUCAUGAAGUCUGUGCACUAGCAUUAAUAAGUGCACAUGGUCAGAGUGAAACUUCAUUGAAUUGUUGUGUAUUGCUUUUUCUUGGCAAAGCAUUAGACAGCCUAAGUAUGAUUUGGCCAUGGUAUUGGUUGCAUUUUAACUACACCAAAUGUACAACCUGCGAGUUGGUGGAUGUGCAAAGCGGUACUUGGCAUCAACUGCUAUAUGCUCCAUAAUUAUUUGUUGCGCCCAUGUAGAAAUCAUUGUGUGGAGAGUUGUGCGUUGCUGUUUUUCACGUUGAUUUCUGGUUAGGCAUUUUUUUAUUUCCAUAAGCUGCUUUGUGGCAAAUAAAUUUUUUCCGAUAA